GUUCACGGUUACACCUCACCACGAGCCUGCGCUGAAGCAGACUCGCAACUCAAGGGCUCAAGUGUCCACUCGCCUUAAGAAUCUAUUUUAUUUAAUUUUUUAUUUUUUUGACCGGUUUAUUCUCUAUCUGUCAGCAUGAGUGAGGAGGAGAAAUGGCCCGAAAUAGAGAAAGCAGCGGCAGAGAAGAGACGUGAGCUGGUUUUACAGGGCAGAGCUAUAAAUGAGAGGAUUUCCUCCAGCGGGGGGCUUCCCUCCUCUCUUUAUUCCCUCCGUCUACUUAAUUAUCUGGAAGUUAGCCAAUGUCCGAGUUUGACAGAGAUCCAAGAGGGAAUCCAACACCUGACCAACCUCCAGAGCCUCAUCCUAUGCAGGAACAAGCUGACGUCCGUCCCAGAUGUGAUCGGCAUCCUGAAGUCCCUGAAGGUCCUGGAUCUGUCGGCCAACGGCCUGAAAGGUUUGCCGGAGGGGAUCACCCAGUUAAAGGAACUGAAUACUCUAAAUGUAAGCUGCAACUGCUUGGAGGCUCUUCCUGAUGGGCUGAGUCAGUGCACCAAGCUGGCGACCAUCAAUGUCUCAAAGAACCAGCUCACUGCUUUGCCCCCUGACCUCUUCUCUGAGCGGCUGGAUCUGCUCAGCACCCUGGUGGCUUCUGAUAACUCAAUCCACCAGCUGAGUGGGGAGAUUUACAAGCUAUCAGCUCUGAAGGUAGAUUUUUUUAAAACUCU